AUGGCUACUGUUGCCCAAUCCGACGUUGUGAGCUACGACACCUUCGAGAAGCUCGUAGCCUCUCAGAAUGGCGGUCCGCUACCUUCAGACCUCGAGAGCUUUUACAAGUACAUCAUCGCCCAACCCGAAGGUCCGUCAGACUUGGCUUCGUUGGCUGCCACCACCGCUACUCAGGCAGACACUACUAUCAAGACUGCUGCUCUUGCGUCUCCUGAUGUAAAGGCAUCAGGGUUCAGUAACCAGACCUCAGCGAAUGGUAGUGUCAUCAACCUUUGGGUUUACCAGCGUGUCUACAUCAACGCUCUUGGUAAAUCAUGCACCAUCGACAUGGGUGGUGUUACUCCGGGCUUCCCUGGCGGCGCAACCUUCGGCACAUUGUUCUAUGAUAAUGCAAGUGACCUCAGUGGUGGUUGUGAUGUUGUUUUCACGGGAUUUGGGCCAUACUACGCCCUGUACUUCCGCAGGGAUGGUAACCUGUUUGCUACCUACCAGUCAGGAAAUGUCGGGUGGGCCACUGGUGUUGCAGGUGGUACAGGCAACUGGGCCUAA